UGAGCAUGUCUGUUAAGCGCACCGCAGUACUGUCUGGCUCGGAUGUGGUCUGUUCAUGUUUUCAUUGGCCUCGCUGUUGCAACAAAUUACAUGAAGAUCAUUAGAUAGAUCAUUAAUUUCCAAGUCAGCAGUCCCUCAAGCUGUCGGGUACAACUCAUGUCCCUACUGCAGUGAAUUCAUUCUUCUGGAUCUAAUCGUAGCCAUGCAGUGAAGGCUGGUCUGGCUAACUACAUUACGAUAACAGUAGCGCUCGACUGACCUACUCAGUGUCGACUUGAGACAUAGUUCUGCAGUCCCUUCUCCUGAAGGGGAAGCUCUGGACAAUGGGCAUGUUAUCACUCGGAUUGGGUGCAGUUUGUGUGGCCAUUGCUGGAAUCUUCCUCGCCAACACAGAUUUCUGCCUGCCUAAGACAGAACCAGCUACUUUGGAGUACCUGGAAAAUGCUGACCUGAAAACUAUUGAUGAUGAAGAGAAGGUGUUCAAAGCCAAGGCUCUGUGGGAGAAGUCUGGGGCAGUGGUGGUGGCUGUCCGGCGGCCUGGAUGAUCUUUGUGCAGAGAGGAGGCCUCAGGGCUGUCCUCUCUGAAGCCCCAGCUGGAGGAGCUUGGGGUCCCUCUGUAUGCCCUGGUGAAGGAGCACAUCAGCACAGAGAUUCAGGACUUCCGACAGCACUUCCCUGGGGACAUCUUCCUGGAUGACCAGAAAAUCUUCUAUGGUCCACAGCAGAGGAGAAUGACUGCUUUGGGGUUAAUUCGGCUGGGUGUGUGGCAGAACUUCAUAAGGGCAUGGAAAGCAGGUUACCAGGGCAACCUGGAUGGGGAGGGCUUUAUUCUUGGCGGGGUCUUUGUCAUUGGAGCAGGGAAACAGGGAAUACUGCUGGAGCACAGGGAGAAGGAGUUUGGGAAUAUUGUUAAUAACGAAGCCGUUAUUGACGCAGUGAAGAAGAUCCAGAAGGAGGAAUAGAUUAAUUUUAUUAGACAUUUAUUAAGUGAGACAUGCUCCCAGAGUAGCCUGGCAACCAUUAACCAGGAUGUAACUUUGGGUGUUUGUUUGUAUGAUCCGUAUGUAAAAACUGCAACCAGAUCUAAUGUUUAACUCCUGCUUUUCCUUCAUUGUUUUUCUAAGUUAGUUGUUUUACGUUGGUAAUUCUCUCCCUUUUCUCAUGAUUCUUGUUCAUGGAAGUGCUGUGAAUUUCAAGACCCCUCAGGUAAAACUUUUAUUUGACUACAUUUCCUUUUCAGGUACAGCACACUUUGCACUUACAUGCUCGAACCUGUGGCAGAGUAUGAUUGUCACAAUAGAUUUGGACUAGUACGCUGCUCACUCGUGAACGUAUUGUCUGUUAUAAAAAAAGAGGGUAUGUUCCAAUUAUACACUUGGUGUUUAUUCAGAAGAUCAGUUGCAAUAUUCGUUCAGAUUAAAAAUUCUGUAAAUUAUAGUAUGCUGGAUGGGAUACAUGCACUUUAUCAGACAUAGAAUUGUUCAAUCCUGUCUGGAAAGGGUCCAUAUGGGUGCCGGUUUUGUUUUAGACCAGCACUAUACUAAUGAACGAAACAUGGUUUCCAGACUUCGGGGUAAAACAAACCUGCACCCACAAGACCUUGAGAUUGGACACCCCUGUUCUGGAAUAACCAAUUAACAUUAAGGAGCUUCAAAUUAAGAUAUUUCUUCUUCUAUAUGAGCGCAUGGCUGACAUACAUUAGUGGUAACUUUUUUUGUGUUAGGAACCUGUAUAAUCUCUGGGUAAACGCAGUGGAAUGGGGUCAUGCUCCAUACAUUUUCUGUACUGUAGUUAUAGUGUACAUUGUUGGAUUGUUGCCCAUACAGGCUGCUUAGGCUCCUGUCACUGUUGUGCUGGUGUGGUGAGGUUGUGUAUGCAUUAAUGAUAGCCUGCAUCCAAACUCUACAGAGAGAGAGAACAGGCUUGAUGUCCGUAUACGCCUGUCUCAGCCACCAGGGCUGCACGUGGACAGUUGCGCUUUGGGUCUGUAUGUAAAUACCAUCAACAAUAAACUGAGAUCUCCUUGAA